GACAUCUGUAUUGCUUCGCAGCUGUGAUGGUAGACAAGGACUUGGACAGCGGUAAUAGCAUCUGCAAUCCGGAUAAGCUGCCGUUGGGCGACUUGAAGCUCACGCUAAUCGACACCGAUGGCAUCCGACGGCAAGUGCCUGCACUUGAUCUGCACUGGCUGACGCGGGACAAGCCAUUUAACUCAUAUGUCUGUAUACUUAGUUCGUAUGGGCGCACCAAAUCUGGCGCCGCAUUGGAAGAAUGGCAUCAUAUCGCCGCCAGUUGUCUGGAAGAUUUCGAGUUUCUACUGCAUCUGAGGCAUCACGAAUUUUGGUCGUAUAUGCUGUACGACGAAGCGGCAAUGACUGCCGUUGUGACAUUUCUGCAGCGCGCCAAUCCCUACUAUAGAAAGGAAGUCGAAAGCAGUACAAUAGGGGAACAUGAUGCAGCCCUGACUAAUGCAAUGACACUUUACGCCGAAUUGCUUAAUCGGGCGGUGCGUAUAAUUAUGCGCCUACUAACUGCACAGGAAUCGGCAACAGAGUGGAUAACACCAGAGCACCACAGUUCCUUAUUGUAUGACAACUAUUUAAUGUCCGUGCCGGUGCUUUGCGAUCUGGUUAUUGCAGUUGGCGAUGCCGAUGCGAAUAAUUUAAAUAUUCUCGAACAGAUCUUUGAGACAGUGAUACGAAUUCAGCCAGACUAUUUAAAAGAUUUGCAGGAGGGAUUGGCAUUCUAUGAGAAUGCCUUCCUAAGCAUGCAAAUUCAAGUGGAUAACGAGGGCUGUGAGGGCGCCGGUGGCGGCACACUUUUGGAUCCCGAUGCGGAAACACCCUACGACGAUGUUGUCCUAUUUGCCUUGGACUGCGCCUAUACGCUGCGCAUGCUAAUCCAGCUGUGCCCGGAGCUGCUGGAAGCUUGUGAGCAGCUCAAACUUGUACAGAUCAUUGCCAACUUCUAUGAUCUGACCAUUCCACUGCUGUAUAGAAACAUUUAUCUUAUUAAUGCACAGGCGAGUUCAUUGUGCUGGCUAAAUGAGGCACGCCAGCAAUUCCUAAACGUUGUGCGGCGCAUAACCCAAGCACAGUUACAGACUGGACACGGUAAACAGCUGGUGGAGCUGUUACAGGAAUGCCUCUCAGCACAGACCUUUGUGAUCGAUUAUCAGCGCCAGUAUCCGGUCGAGCAGGACAUUGCUAUACUGGUGGAGCGCUGUCCGAACAUCAAGAACUACAAGGUGGAUUUUAUAAUAGCUGGCUAUCAGAAGACACUUGGCUCAUGCACCAGCGGCGUCAUUGCCGAAAAACAAAUACCCUGCAGUCUUAAAUCUGAUGAUGAAUGUGGAGAGGCUAAGGCAUUGCGUGUCCAAGCUGCGCUGCCAGCGGCUGCAGCAACAGGAAAUAGUAAUAGCGCUCGCGACAUUGAUCUGGAAGUGUUUGCUGUGCUGGAUGUACUGCCCGAUUUGGGCAUGGGAUUCAUUCGCCGGCUAUUGCCGCGCUACGACAACAGCGAACAAGCGAUUGCUGCUAUAUUGGAUGACAAUUUGCCGCCCGACCUGGUUCACAUGACUCGCCAGGAGGCGUUCAUACCAGCCGAUCCGCAGGACAAAUUGCAACGGGAAACCGGCGUGCGGCAUUACAAUGUGCAUGACGGUGACAAGUACGAUGUUCUCACACAGGAUAAUCCGCAGUGCAUUAUCAAGCAGGGUAAGGGCCUGCCCGGAGCACCAUGGAAUGCCGAGCAGUUGCUGGAUGACAAGCGCGAUAUUGGCCAAUUGAAGAAGCGCUAUGAGCAAUAUUCGUUAGUUGAGGAAACGCCACAUGAAACCGGCGCCGAAUACGAUGACGACUACGAUGAUAGCUAUGAGGCAUUGAAUUACGGACAAGCGCCGCCGGUUCAGAGCUUGCUGCGUGCCAAGCUGCAGCAGGCAUCGGCUGCUAGCAGUGCGUACGAAGCGCAGGAUGCAUCCGAAGAUGAUCAGGAUGAUGAUUACGAGAUGGCGGGUGGCGAUGAUGAGCGCAAAGGUAGCCAAAAUGCAAACACAAACACCAAACGCAACGACUUCUGUGAGAAUCCAGAAAUAACACGCGCACGCUAUCAACAACGCCAAAUGACCAAGUACGGCCAGCGGGCCCAGGCCAAUGUGGAGGGCGCGCCCAAGGGACAGGGUCAGACCCAGCAAACCACACGCAAUCGCAGCCAAAAGGAAGCGCACAAAUCGUCGCGCGCCAAUCACAAUCGCAAGGCUGGUGCCGCCUUCAAGCGCAGCAAGGGCAUGAUGUCGUAAUUGCAACAAUCUGUGCUUAAUCCAUUCAUAUGUACGUUCCAUCACAUUUGCUACUUUUUGUAAUUUGUUUAAAACCAAAUUAAAUUGUCUAGAUGUACUGUAUGUGCGGUUGGAAGAAUCACACGCGACUAUAAACAUUUAAAUAAAAUUUGCAGAAACAUAAAA